AUGCAAGAAUUGGAAGAUGAGGUCGAGGCCAUUGACGCCAUCUUCCCUGGAUCAACAAAAGUCGAAGCAGAAGGAAUUCUCUCUCUAAGCAUUCCAAAUCAUGAAGAUCUUACCAUUCAAUUGGCAGUUCCACAGAAGUAUCCAGACGAGAAGCCGUCGCUCGUACAGGUUGUAAUACAUUCUUCGAAAUAUCUCGAUGCAUCGUAUUUGGAGAAAAAUGUCUCGGAAAUUCUAGACUCUGUCUAUGUCCCAGGCGAUGUGGUGCUUUUUGAGUUGAUUGGAGAACUACAGCAGUUCUUAGAUCAUUUGGAUGAGAACCAUAAUGAGGAAAUGAAGAAGGCUGCGGCACUUAAAGAAUUGGACCUCGAGAUGAGGACCCUAGAGCUAAAAGAGGCAGCCAGAACUGUGCUCAACAACACAGCUAAAGUAGAGCAGGAUGAGUCUCGUAUUCAAACCACAUCUCUGACAAGCAAUAAGCAAUCACUGAAAAAUUCUAGUCCUGCUCCUGAAGACUAUACAGCUGGCUGGAUCAAGUCUGACCCUGUCGUUGACCGUGGGUCCACGUUCAUAGCAUUUGCUCGAGAAGUGCACUCGGUUGAAGAAGCCAGAGACUUGCUUGCGUCAUUGCUUUGCGACCGUAAAAUUGCCAGAUCGGCGCACAACAUGAACACCUGGCGAAUCAAGGGUGAUAAUGGUGUCAGUUAUCAAGACUGUGACGACGACGGAGAAACUGCAGCAGGGCUGCGUAUGCUUCACUUACUAACAGUAUGUUUGAAAAUUACUAUAAGUUUAUUGCAUGAUUUUACUAACUUCAGAUUAUGGAUGUUUGGAACGUGA